AUGCCGCUGCUGCGGCAACAGAAGAAGCAUCAGGAGGAGCUUACAUCUGCAGCAGCAGCAGCUCCCGGCGGCAGCAGCGGCACCGGAGCCAGCAGCAGCAGCACUAGCAGCAACAGCAGCAGCAGCAGCAGCAGCAGCAGCAGAACUGUUGAUCUGAUAGAGUGUUGGCCCCCUCCCCUACACGCUGCACGCAGCACCAGCAGCAGCAGCAGCAGCAGCAGCACAGCAGCAGCAGCAGCAACGUCUGCUGCUGAUGACACUCCCCCUUCUACUGCGGCUUGUGCUGCUGCACCUGAAGAUGCAGCAGCAGCAGCAGCAGCAGCAGCAGAGAACCCCGAGAUAUACAGAGAAGUUGUGCGGCUGCUGCAGCCUCUCCCAGCGCUGCUGGACCGCGCGCUGCAGCAGCAGCAGCAGCAGCAACAACAACAACAACAGCAGCAGCAGCAGCAGCAGCAAGACGAGGCUGUGUCGCUGCUGCUGAAGGGUGUAAGGGGGCUGCGGCAGCUGCUUUCUGCUGCAGGAGAGAUACCUAUUGCUGCUUCCUUGAGGGCUGGGGCCCUCCCCCUCCUCGUUGGCUGUCUCGCGCACAGCAGCAAAGCACUCAUGGUUCGUGCUGCUGCUGCUGCUGCUGCUGCUGUUGCUGCUGCUGCUGUUGCUGCUGGUGCUGUUGCUGCUGGUGGUGUUGUUGGUGCUGUUGCUGGUGCGGUUGCUGCUGCUGCUUUUGCUGCUGUUUCCGUUGCUGCUGCUGUUGCUGCUGCUGUUGUUGCUGCUAUUAGUGCUGGUGCUGCUGCUGUUUCUGGGGAUGCUGCAGCUGUUGCUGCUGCUGCAGUUGUUGCUGCUUCUGCUGUUACUGCUGCUGCAGUUGCCCUCGUUUCUGGCUUUCUUGCUGCUGCUGCUGUUCCUGCAACAGCAGCAGCAGCAGCAGCAGCAGCAGCGCACACAGCAGCAACAGCAGCAGCAGGAGUUUCUGCUGCUGCAUCUAUAUAUCUGUAUGCGUCUGUGUUGCUGCUGCAGCUGGAGGCUGCUUGGUGUCUUACAAACCUCAGCAGCGGCAGCAGCAUCGAUGCUGCUGCUGUCGUCAGCAGCGGCACCCUGGGGUUUAUAUAUUGUUGUAUUUUCUCUUUCUCUGCUUCUCGUUUGUCUUUGUGCUGCUGCUCUCCAUCUCCUCCCCCAUCUCCUCCUUCUCCUGCUGCUGCUGCAGCAGCAGCAGUAGCAGCAGCAGCAGCACUGCAGCCAGCAGGCAGCAGCAGCAGCAGCAGGGGGGCCCCCAGAGAGGGUACGGGGGCCCCCACAGAAGAAGAAGUCUUCGAGCAGCUGCUGUGGGCCCUAGGAAACCUAACGGGGGACUCUGCUGCAUACCGAGACAUUGUGCUGUCGCAGCAGCUGCUGCAGCAGCAUCUAUUCUCUCUCCUUUCCCCACAGCAGCAGCAGCAGCAGCAGCAGGAGGUGCUGCUGCAGCAGCAGCAGCAGCAGCAAGUGAACGUGCAGCAGCAUCGCAUCACACCACAGCUGCAGCAGCUUCUGCUUCAGCAGAUACAGCAAGUUGUAGCUGCAGCACUACCACCCCAGGCACAGCAGCAGCAGCAGCUGCAGCUGCAUCUGCUGCAGCAACAGCAGCAGCAGCUGCAGCAGCUGCUGCUGCUGCUCCCUUCACUGCAUCAGCAGCUGCUGCUGCUGCUGCAGCACGCCAAGCGCCCGCAGACAUGGAGAACGGCUGUCUGGCUUAUAUCUAAUCUAUGCAGGGGGACCCCCAGGCCCGACGCAUCGUUGCUGUGUCCGCUGCUGCCGUUGCUGCAGCAGGCACUGCAGCAAGCCUCACUGCAGCAGGUGCUGCAGCCGCAGCAGCAAGCAGAGCUGCUGCUGCAGCAGGAAACACUAGCUGAUGCCUGCUGGGCUGUUGAUGGCAGCUUGCUGCUGCGGCUGGAGCGGCCUGCUGCAGCACGAGAGGCGUGCUGGGCCCUCAGCAACCUAGCUGUUGGGAGCAGCAGCCAGCUGCAGCAGCUGCUGCAGUGCAACAUACUGGUGCAUGCACUGCUGCUGCUGCAGCAGCAGCAGCAGCAGCUCGGUGAGGAACUGAGAAAGGAGGCCCUCUGGCUUGUCUCGAAUGCAUGCACUACAGCAGCAACACUGCAGCAGCUGCUGCCGCUGCUGCAGCACGGAGCGUUGCAGCAUCUGUGGGCUUUGCUUGAGCUUGCUGCUGCAGCAGCAGAUGGAAGAGCAGCAGAAGCAGCACUCAAUGCCCUUAGUAAUGUUAUUAUGCUUGCAGAGACAGCGCAGCAGCAGCAGCAGCAGCAGCGGCAGCAGGUAGCUGCUGUCUCCUGUGGCUGCUGCAGUGCUACUGCAGCAGCAACAGCAGCAGCAGCAGCAGCAGCAGCAAACUGCUCCUGCUGCUGCCAUAGACCCCUCCUGAUGCUGUCUUCUCUUAUGCCGGGAGAUGAAGGGCUGCUGCUGCUGCAGCAAGUCCAUCAGCAGCACCUAACUGCAGCAGCAGAUAUCAAGAGUGAUGAGCUCGCAUGCAAGCUGCUGCGGCUCCGCAACUCUGCUGCUUCUCUCUACACUUCUACCAACAGCAGCCACUCUCAUCUUUUCGUAAAUUAG